CCACCGAGAGUGGAGCCUUGUGGUUGGGCGAUAAACAGGCUGCGGCUAGGGAGGAGAGGAAGGGGGGCGUUCGCUCUUCCCGGACUUCUUUUCAUGCCUUAUUUUCCUUUUAGGUGGGGUUUGGGCCGGAUGCGGGGUCCAAACUGCCAGUCUGAGCCUACUCCCUUGUGAAGGCAGAAAGUAGCUCCUGUGGAGAGCGGUUAAAGUUGCGAAGGGAGGUUGCGAGACCGGAGUUCUUCCCCAUGGCAGGCGAAUGGUGCGGCCCUGAACUGGUCCAGGAGCUAACCGGACGUGUCUGAGAGAGGCCCCCGAGGGGGCGGGAGGGCGGCCUGCAAAACGCGAAUUCUGUGAAGAGACGUGGGGAAGAUUCGAUUCCGAGAAGAGGAAGAGCCCGACUGAAAGGGAGCGAGGCCGCUGAGGGGGAGGGGGCUGCCAAGAUGGCGUCAGCCUCCUCCGGGCAGUCGGCGGUCGGAUUUUCAUCCUUUGAUCCCGGGGUCCCUGUCAGUAACUCGGCCUCAGGUUUCAACUUUCUAUGCUGUGGGGUCAGCCGUAAGAGAGCAGCACCAGCACCUGGAAUCAAGAGACCCAUGGCAUCUGCUUCUGAGGUGCCUUGUGCCUCUACAUUGCCCAUCAAGAAAAUAGGCCACCGAGGUGUGGAUUCCUCAGGAGAGACAACAUAUAAAAAGACAACCUCAUCAGCUUUGAAAGGUGCCAUCCAGUUAGGCAUUACUCAUACUGUGGGGAGCCUGAGUACCAAACCAGAGCGGGAUGUCCUCAUGCAAGAUUUCUACGUGGUGGAGAGUAUCUUCUUCCCCAGUGAAGGGAGCAACCUGACCCCUGCUCAUCACUAUAAUGACUUUCGUUUCAAGACCUAUGCACCUGUUGCUUUCCGCUACUUCAGGGAGCUAUUUGGCAUCCGGCCUGAUGAUUACUUGUAUUCCUUAUGUAGUGAGCCACUGAUUGAACUCUGCAAUUCUGGAGCUAGUGGUUCCCUUUUUUACGUGUCCAGCGAUGAUGAAUUCAUUAUCAAGACAGUUCAGCAUAAAGAAGCAGAGUUUCUGCAGAAGCUGCUUCCAGGAUAUUACAUGAACCUCAAUCAGAACCCUCGAACUUUGCUGCCUAAAUUCUAUGGACUGUACUGUGUGCAGGCAGGUGGCAAGAACAUACGAAUUGUGGUGAUGAACAAUCUUUUACCACGGUCAGUCAAGAUGCACAUCAAAUAUGACCUCAAGGGCUCAACAUACAAACGACGGGCUUCUCAGAAAGAGCGAGAGAAGGUUCUCCCCACCUAUAAAGACCUGGACUUUCUACAAGACAUCCCUGAUGGCCUUUUUUUGGAUGCUGACAUGUACAAUGCUCUUUGUAAGACCUUGCAGCGUGACUGUUUGGUGCUGCAGAGUUUUAAGAUAAUGGACUACAGUCUUUUGAUGUCAAUCCACAACAUAGAUCAUGCACAGCGAGAGCCCUUAAACAGUGAAACACAGUACUCAUUUGACACUCGCAGACCAGCCCCCCAAAAAGCUCUAUACUCCACUGCCAUGGAAUCCAUUCAGGGCGAGGCUCGACGAGGUGGCACCAUGGAAACAGAUGAUCAUAUGGGUGGCAUCCCUGCCCGGAAUAGUAAAGGGGAAAGGCUUCUGCUUUAUAUUGGCAUUAUUGAUAUCCUGCAGUCUUACAGGUUUGUUAAAAAAUUGGAGCACUCUUGGAAAGCACUUGUACAUGAUGGGGACACUGUAUCAGUGCAUCGUCCAGGCUUCUACGCUGAACGGUUCCAACGCUUCAUGUGCAACACAGUGUUCAAGAAGAUCCCCUUGAAGCCCUCUCCUUCCAAAAAGUUUCGGUCUGGCUCAUCUUUCUCUCGGCGAUCAGGCCCCAGCGGCAACUCCUGCAUUACUUCCCAGCCAUCGGUCUCUGGGGAACACAAAGCACAAGUGACAACAAAGGCGGAAGUGGAGCCAGAUGUUCAUCUUGGUCGUCCUGAUGUUUUACCUCAGACUCCACCUUUGGAAGAAAUCAGUGAAGGCUCACCUGUUCCUGGCCCCAGUUUCUCAUCUGUAGUUCCAGAGACUUUGCAAAUGCUAAAUACAAGUGAUGAUGGUGUGGUGCUGCUGGGAAUCGAACCUAGGGACUCCUUGCAUGCUAGUUCAAUGUUGGAAAAGCUUGAAGUUACGGAGUCAGAGUUCUCCCAUUGAGCAACAAAUCUUAGAAGACCUGAAAUAAGAUUCUGCUAUCUCUGUGAUCCUAGGAUGUCAGCCUUUGCCCCAGAAAUGCUGAGUUUUCUUCUGCUUGGUCAUGAAAAAAGGAGUAUAAUUUGGAAGCUAGGGGAGCUCUCCAUUUCCUACUUGAAGAAGAAUUUAUUCUCCGUGACCUUCCUCUGAAUGGGCAUUAGUGCCUUGGACAAUUGAAGACAGCAGUAUCCCCUCCACUUGAGUUGGGUAGCAUGAAUUUUUAACUGGCCUGCCUUGACUUCUACAACUGAAUUUUUUCAAAGCCCCAGUCUUUGUGCUGGUAGUGGGGUUGCUGGACUUGGUGGUUUUCUUCCCUCCUCACCUGCCUGUCACCAGGAGCUGGACUUUUAUUAAUUUCCUCAGGACAGACUGUCUGAUUAUUCCCAUCUUAGCUCUUUCUCUGAUCCCUGAAAUAAGAUCCCUGCACUUUUUAUAAAGGUUUUUGGGAGAGUAAGGGUGUUUAACCACCUCCCAACCUUCUUUUUUCCUUUAAAAAGGAAAAGAACAAACAGUUCACAGCACAAUUUCAAGGCAGUUUCAGAUCAAACUCCAGAAGUGUCAAAGAGUUGCCUAUUUAUAUGGUUCCCACAAGAGCCCUGGUGUUCGUAAAACAGAAAUGUGGUGAUUGCUCUGAAAGCAGCAGUCCUUUAACUCCUCUUGAAUUUCUCAAAGGUUGAAGGAAUGGAGAUAGUACAACAUGGGGUUAUUUUUUACUUGUUUUGUUAAUACAGUGGAGUGGUUAUGGGGCUCUUCAAAGCUCUUCCUAGGGAGGACACUGUUCAUUGCCAGGCCAUAUAAUUAUUACUGUUUUGCAACUUGAAAUGUAUUCUGGUUGUUUUCUAAAAUUGAGGACUUUACCAUUCUCCAAAGGAGAUUUCUUUGUUCUUCCCAUUUUUCUCCAACAAUGUUCUAUUGUUCAUGGAGCUAAGGUGGAGGGAGACACCUGUGUCUGUUUAACAGGCAGUCCAUACCUAUCAGACUUGAGAAUUUUUUCUUAAACUCUUGGGGAGCCAGCAGACUCUUGGUAAGGUUAUUGCUGUGCUACACAUUCUGCCUCCUGUCUUCAUGCAGGGAAGUUGGAAAUGGGAGCUAUAUAAGCACUCACCUACCCAUCUCUAAGAGUUGUUUGUGGCUGUCCCAUCUGAUCCGUCCUUUCUUGUCAGGGGAAGAAGAAAGCUUUGUGUCUCAGGCAGAUUGUUGAAGUCCCACAAUAUCCCUUCUCCAUCCCACUGUACCUGGAUAGUAGGUUAACCCAUACACCAAAUAACUGUCUAUAUUAGACACCUCCAAACCAGUUUCUGGCUGCCUGUCUUUGCUGCCAUGUUUUUUUACAAGAAGGAAAGAAACAAUUCUUGCUAUUUUUUUUUUUUUUUUCAUAAUUUACUAUUUAUGAUGUAUUUAAAUGUUUUAUUCAGGACAGAGUUCUGUAAGG